AUGAUAACACGAGCAUUACGGCUGCGGCAUGGCCGCAUUGCCCUCCCCAAACGGUCCACGCUGAGACGAACAUACGCCUCCGCCUCCGUAGAAGAAACAUCGGAUGGCACGCCGACCUCGCAGCCAGCAUUCUUGCAGGGCCCAUCGACAGCGCAGAUGCAACUCGACUCGAUACCGAACGUGCGAAGCGUGACCCUCAACGACCCGAACCACCCCGUCGCACAGGAUUACGCCUUCUUCCAGCACCAGAAGGCACGAACGGGUCAUUUAGGAACUGCCCUCGAGCCACACUACAAACCCCAUGAACUCCUCACAAAUCCCCCAUCGCCCAAGGACAUCACCUUGGAACUUUUGUUGGCCUCACAAGCACACAUUGGACACGCGACCAGUCUGUGGAACCCAGCCAAUGCUCGAUACAUCUUCGGUGUGCGAGGCAGGAAGAAGGAUGGCGAGUCUCCGAUUCACAUCAUCAGUCUCGAUGCGACAGCCGCUCACCUGCGACGAGCAUGCAAGAUUAUGUCUGGGGUGACGGAGAAAGGAGGUCUCGUGCUGUUCGUAGGCACUCGAGCAGGACAGGCGAGAGCUGUCGUCAAGGCCGCCGAGAUGUCGAAAGGAUGCCAUCUUUUCACCAAGUGGAUUCCUGGGACUAUCACCAAUGGACAGCAGAUUCUUGGCUCAUGCGCGAAGAAGGUCGUCGAUGAAUUUGAUCGGGACGUGGAAGGCUUUGAAGAUCAAUUGGGCUUGAAGGCAGCGGUGAAGCCAGAUCUGGUGGUCUGCUUGAACCCGCUGGAGAACUAUGUCUUGCUGCAUGAGUGCGGAUUGAACAACAUCCCAACGAUCGGGAUCGUGGACACGGAUGCUAACCCUACCUGGGUGACGUACCCCAUCCCUGCCAACGACGACAGCUUGAGAUGCGUGCAGGUCAUUGCCGGUGUUCUAGGCAGAGCUGGAGGAGAGGGUCAGGUGAAAAGGGAGGAUUCUGCAAAGAGAGGCUUCGUCACAUAUAACGCUGCACAUGGCCUUCGUGUGCCAAGGACGGAAAGGCCAAGUGACAGGGCAGAGCGCAGAGAAAGCAGCCUGCGCCAAAGAGCAGCACAUGCUCAAGCACGAUCUCAAGCAUCAAUAGAAGAAGAUGAGUUCGAGGACCUGACCGGCGUUGACGUAAAGCAACACGAAGAAGACCAGCGACUCCUAGCAGAAGCCGAGCAGCAAAUGAUUCGGGAACAAGGCGCCCCAGCCGAACCAGCCGCAUAUGCUCCAGCAGAAUCCGCAGAAGAAACAUCACCCCUCCUCGAAGAAGACGUAGACGACAUCUACUCCGUCGCCGAGAACAUGGACCCAAUCGACCAAUCCCUCACCGACGAGCAAUUCGCCUCCGAAGACCUCGCAGAAGACCUCGCCCAGUUCGGCGGAGCAGACCAACUCACAGACUCUCCAGCCGACGACGCCGCGAAUCCUGCUGUGCCUAAUUCCACGACCGAGACGUGGCCUGAUCAGACAGGUGCUACUUCCGGUGAGACGUCUCCGAUCGGCCAAGUCGAGGAUGUAGCGGAAGAGCUUGGUGAAGAUGUCGCGCCGCCUGCGCCAGAGGGGAAUCCUGAGGUUGAGAUAGCGGAUGUUGGGCAGGGGACGGAGUAUUUGAAGGACACGCCCGCGGAGAAGAGUGGUGAGACUGAGCAGGCGAGUCCCGCUGAGGUGGAGACGGAGAGCGAGGAGAAGGAGGAGAGCGGGAAGGAUGAAGGGAAGGGUAGGUGA